AUGGCGACACAUUUGCGAUUAGAUAAUGAUGAUGAGGAAGGUCUCUUUACAAACAAAACCACAAUGAUGGCAAAUUUCGAGGAAUGGAUCAAAAUGGCCACAGAUAAUAAGAUUAAUUCAAGUAACAGUUGGAAUUUUGCAUUAAUUGAUUACUUCUAUGAUUUAAAUGUGUUGAAGGAUUCAGAAAACAAUAUUAAUUUCCAAAAGGCAUCAGCUACUCUAGAUGGUUGUGUGAAAAUUUAUUCAUCAAGGGUUGAUUCGGUUUCUAAUGAAACUGGGAAACUACUUAGUGGGUUAGCUCAGAGGAAAGAGAUUACUAAGAGAAAUGUUGUUAUUACAGAAAAUGGUGAGCAAGUAAACGGAGAAGGAAAUGGGGAAGGUGAUGCAGAUAAUCACGUUGCAGGUGAAGAUAGUGUGCAGAUUGAUCCAUUGACUGGACUCCCGAUUUCAGUGACGACGGAUCUUGCUAGGAGGAGAGUUCAUAAUAGAAUCCUUGAGACGACAUUAGUGGAUUUCGAUACAAUUAAAUUAAAAGCAUUGGAUCAGGAAUUGAAUAUUGAUCCAUUGUUUAAGAAAGCCUUAGUGGAUUUCGAUGAAGGUGGUGCAAAAAGUUUACUACUUAAUACUUUGGAUUUAGAUGAUUCUCUCCGAGUGGUGUUUGACGCUUCAAUAAAGGAAGACAAACAAAAGAGCAUCAGUUCAUCAGAAGAUCAACAAACGAACGAUGACGUUCAGGAUGAGAUUAUUGAUAAGUCUGGCUCGAUGAUGGAUAAUAGUGUAAUAGAUAAAAGUAAAUCACAGAAUCUAGUUGGAGAUGAUACUAAGGACACGACAUUUAUAGUUGAAGACGAGGUAUUAGCUCUUGGUAUUGAUUUUAUUAAGUUUGAUCAAUUAGCCAUAAGUGAAAUAUCGCCAUCGAUACAACAACUUAGAAAUGUUGUUGAGGAUAUAAGUAAAGCUAAAUCCUUUGUGAAAAAUGUUAAUAAUAAACUAGACAAUUUUCUCACUGAAGAAGAGAUAAAAGAUACUGUACCAGACGCAUUCGAUGGUAUAGAUGACAAUAUGGACUACUAUGAUGAUGAAAAUGGAGCAAUAAAUAGCAAUGGAAAUUUGAGUGCACGUAGACUUGAUAUGUCUAAUAUUGGUAUGGAUGAAGGUGAAGAUGAUGAUGAUAAUGAUGAGUUACAAGAUAAAGCUAAUGACAAUACUACUAUUCAACCCAUUAUGGAAAAAGAUUUGAUGGCAUAUUUUGAUGAUAACCUUAAUAAGAAUUGGAGAGGAAGAGAACAUUGGAAAGUUCGUAGUUUUAAGAAGAAACUGUUACCGGAAGUGGAAUUAAAUGAUGAAACAAACCCAGUUGCAGCUCAGAAUUCUGCCACUACUGACGCUAUUGCUCCUGAUGGUGAUAAUAAUGAUGGAGAUACCGUUACCCAAGAGACUUCCCAGAAGAAGAAGAAAAAGAAAACGGUUACCAUUGAUUUCUUUAACUUGGAUGAUAGUUUAGAGGAUAAUGUUUUUAUUCAACCGAAAAAGAAAUCUUCGAUUGAAAUGCCUCAGCGGUUAAGAAUUAAUGAUACACAUUAUCUAUUACCUGACGAUUUCCAUUUCUCUACUGAAAAGAUUACAAAGUUAUUUAUUAAACAGAGACAGACCAUGAGUUUAUUUAGUUAUACAAAACGGACCACAAGGACGGACUCAUCAUAUAUGCGUCGUGAUACGUUUACUAGUGGCAUUGGAACGGAACAACAGGAGGAUGGUGAAGGUCAUGGGCCAGAAAUUGCAGAUGAAGAGUUCUGGGCAGAAACAUAUAAGAGAAAGGAAGAAGAAGAAGAAGCUCGUGUAAAUGGUAGCAAUGGUGAGACAACCGAAGUUGUUGGUGCACGUCUUGAAAACCCAUUUGAUGAUGGUGAUGAUAAUGGUAUUGAUUUCAACCAAGCAUUUGACGAUGCAGAAUAUAAUGAUGAUGAACAAGGUGAUAACCAGCCAAUACGUGAAGACUACAUAAAGAAGAAUGAGGAUGAACUAAACGGUAUGCCUCAGAAAGUUAACUAUUCUCGUGUCUCUAAGAAAGUUGAUGUAAGAAGAUUAAAGAACAAUGUUUGGAAAUCUGUCCUAUUGCUUGUCAAUGAAAAGGACGCCGAUGCAGGCAUUGAACAACAAUCAAACGAAAUAAUAACAUUAUCAUUUAAAGAUAUUGCGAAGGAGUUGGUUAAGUUCUACCCCAAGGAACUUCUAAAGGAUAUUUCUACAAGUUUCUGCUUCAUUUGCCUGUUACAUUUAUCAAAUGAGCAUGGUUUGACGAUACAAAACACGGAAAAGUUUGAAGAUUUGAAAGUGGAAUACAACAAAUCAACAAUCCAGUUGAGUCAAUGA